GGGUAUGGAGUUCCUUUGCUCCUCAGAGGCGGUCCCCGCAGGCGAAUAGGGAGAGGCGUGUCGGCCCCUCGGCGGCUGUACUUCCUCGGCCUGUGCGGGCCAGCGCGACCGGAACCUCCGCUGCGCGGUUGGGUCUCCGUCGUUAUUUAAAGGAAUUGGCUCGUUCAGGUAAUAUUUGAUGAUGAAUGAUCCAUGUCUUCAAGAAUACAAGUAACACCAUAGAGAGAGGAAAGAUCACCAGUGGCUACUAUGUGACGUGUCCUUCAAAAUCUGGAAGGGAGUGUUCCAGUGUAUUUCACCAUCACCUUUACAGGAUGGAAGCCAUCAGAGCCAGUGACCUUUGAGGAUGUGGCUGUAGACUUCACCCAGGAGGAGUGGAUUUUAUUGGACACAAAACAAAGGAACCUAUACAGAGAGGUGACUCUGGAGAACUACCAGAACCUGGCUUCAGCAGGAUGUCAGCUCAUCAAAUCCAGAUCCAGCUCUUGUUUGGAGGCUGAAGAGUUGAGAGUAGUCAAGAGAAGAGUUCACCAAGAAUGGGCUAUACAACUUAACACCAGAGGGACAAUGUCUCAGCAGGAUAUUUUUCAGUUAAAAAUGUCAAGUGAGAUACAACUGUCAAAUAGCCAUAAUGGAAAGGAACUCUGUGACUUUAUGCCACCUGGAGAAAUCGUCAAAGAACCUUCAUGCAGUCUGACACACAUAGGUACUGAGAACACAGGGAACAUUUAUGAUUGUAUUCAGUAUGGGCAAGUCUUUCCUACUCGGCCUAAGGAGACCUCUGUAGACAAUGGUCCUGAAUUAUGCCAGUAUGGAAAAGACUUCAGUAUGAUUGCAAGUACUGCUUACCAGACAACAUGUGUACAAAACAAAUGCCUUGAAUCCAGUGAAUUUCAGCAAGUCUUUGAUAGUCAGUCAUCUCUUCAGAGGACUGGGAGAAGUCACAGUGAAGACAAACUCUUUAAAUGGGUACAGUGUGGUGAUACUUUUAGCUCUGCUAUGAGUCAUGCUGACAGUGCUCAAACAUACACUGGGAAAAAAUCCUAUGAAUGUAAGGAAUGUGGGAAAAGUUUUAAAUAUUCUGCCAACCUUAAUAUUCAUAUGCGUACUCACACUGGGGAGAAACCUUAUCAAUGUAAGGAAUGUGGGAAAGCCUUUUCUAGGUGUUAUCCACUAACUCAGCACUUAAAAACUCACACUGAAGAGAAGCCCUUUGAAUGUAAGGUUUGUGGAAAAUGCUUUAGAAAUUCCUCCUGUCUUAAUGAUCACUUUCGGGUUCACACUGGAAUAAAGCCCUAUAAAUGUAAGGACUGUGGCAAAGCCUUCACAGGGCGUUCUGGCCUCAGUAAACAUUUACCAACACAUACAGGAGAGAAGCCUUAUGAAUGUAAGGAGUGUGGGAAAGCCUUCCCUUCCACCUCAGGCCUUAUUAAACAUAUGAAAAGUCACAUGGGAGAGAGACCCUUUGAAUGUGAUCAUUGCGGGAAAGCCUUUGCUUCUUCCUCAACCCUUAUUAUACAUUUGAGAAUACACACUGGAGAGAAGCCCUUUGAGUGUAAAGUAUGUGGGAAAGCCUUCACUUGUUCUUCUUAUCUUCGAAUUCACAUGCGGACUCACACUGGAGAGAAGCCCUAUGUAUGUAAGGAGUGUGGCAGAGCCUUCACUGAGCGCACAAGCCUUACUAAACAUUUACGAACACACACUGGAGAAAAUCCCUUUGAGUGCAAUGUGUGUGGAAAAGCAUUUGCAUGUUCUUCCUACCUUCAUAAUCACAUACGAACUCACACUGGAGAGAAACCCUAUGUAUGUAAGGAAUGUGGAAAAGCCUUCACUGUUUCUUCACAUCUAAGUAAACACGUAAGAAUUCACACAGGAGACAAACCCCAUAAGUGUAAGGAGUGUGGGAAAGCAUUCACUGUGCGCUCUGGUCUUACAAAACACAUACGAACUCACACUGGGGAGAAGCCCUACAAUUGUAAAGACUGUGGGAAAGCCUUCACUACAUCCUCAGGCCUCCUUGAGCAUAUAAGAAGUCACACAGGAGAGAAGCCAUACGAAUGUGACCAGUGUGGAAAGGCCUUUGCUUCUUUCUCCUAUCUUAUUGCACAUUUGAGAAUUCACACUGGAGAGAAGCCCUUUGAGUGUAACGAGUGUGGAAAAGCAUUUACAUGUUCCUCCUACCUUCAUAUUCACAUGCGAACUCACACUGGAGAGAAACCCUAUGACUGUAAGGAGUGUGGGAAAACGUUUGCUGUUUACUCUCAUCUAAGUAAACAUGUAAGAACUCACAGUGGAGAGAAAGCCUAUGCAUGUAAAAGUGAUGGAAUAGCUUGCAGUCGUUCUCAUCUUACAGAACACAUAAAAAAUCUUGAGAUAAAUUCUUUGGUUGGAGGAAAUGAAGAGACUGCUUUAAGAAGUUCUGUUGUUUUAGCAGUGCAUCCAGAUUCACAGUGGCAAGAGAGCUUAUCAGUGUAAGCCAUUUGUAAAGGGAUUAUAUCCUAGUUGACUUCAAAGACAUGAAAGAAAUCAUGUUGCAAAGAUGCCUCAUGAACUCAAAGAAUGAGAAAGUGUUCAGAAUGUUAAAACCCAGCUCACACAAACCCACUUUGAAGCUUCCCAAAGUCAGAAAAAUGGAAAGCCUUCACUGUUUCUACGGCUUUUUAUAAGUAUGUGAGAGAAACUCUAAUUGUAAACUCUGUUUACAAUGUGGAAAAUUGUAUUUCUGCUCAGUUCUUUGAAGAUUACUCACAGUACCACAGUGGAGGACUUUGUGAAAGUACGAAAUGUUGGAAAGUAAUUAUUGACAUUAGUCAUCAACAUUCAAUAAAGGGGUUCACAUUUGGGAAACUUUAUGUAUAGGAUAUGGGGAUUGUUUGUGUGUCUUAAGAUCUUGUAUACUAGCAGAAACAGCUUUCUUGGUGGUUUUAUAAGCUUAUUUUGGCCAUUUAUUGCAUUUUCAAUAUUUGAGAUUUUUAAAUAUUUGCACAUAAUGAUGAAAUAAUUUUAAGAUGUACAAGAUUCUAUGGAAUAUACCAUGAAACAAUUAUUAGGCUAAUUAAAAUGUGAUACAUUAAUUUGGUUUUAUUAUUAUGAAGCACUUUUUACUAUCUCAGAAAUUUCAGAUAAUGCACAUUAUUGACUGUAUUCACUAAUUGUACUUUUAAGUUGCUCAUUUUAUAACUGAAAGUUUAUAACCUUUAACAAUAACUCAUAAACAUUCACUUGUUAAAGACAGGCUCUCACUGUUUAGCUCUGGAACUCACUGUGUAAACUAACCUGGCUUUGAACUCACAGAGAUCCUCUGCUUCCCAAGUGCUGGGAUUAAAUGCAUAUAUUGCCAUGCCCAACUACACUCCAUAUUUAAAUAAGAUAAUAUAUUGUUUUUAGUUUUUGUGUGUCUGGCUUAUUUUCACAUAACAAACCGUUUUCAAAUUUCAUCUCUACUGUCUUGCAUGACAGACUUUUCUUUAAAAAAGGGGGGUAGACAUUCUUUUUAUGCACAGACUCAAAGUAUUUGUAUGUAUGUGUGUAUGUGUUGUGUGUUUGCAUGUGUCUCUGUAUGUAUGAAUGUGGCCUCUAUGGCUAAGAAACUUGGGUUUCAUCCUAGCUUUCCACUUGUAGGCAGAGUCAAUUCCUCAUCUCCCCAGCCCCUCUGAGAGUUUCCCUACACAAAAGAACACUUGGGUUGUUUACACACUUUAUUGUUGGCACUGCUACAUUGAACAUAGAUUACAAAUAUCUCUUUAAGCAUUCCUUGAGUGUAUGGUCAUAAUCAGUUUGUUGGAGUAUUUUGUCACUAUAGUUAUGGUUUUAUUAGGAGUUUUGAUGCUGUUUCCCAGAUAGAUCUACCAAUCUUCUAUUCAGAUUGGAAAUAUAUAAAAACAGUUUUGUCUUUAUUAUUUACAUGCCAUUUAUUUUUUUCUUAUUUAAGUGGCUCAAACUUGCAGUAUUCUGAUGAACAUAAGUUCCAAGCAGGGACAUCGUUGUUCUUGAUCUUAAAGGAAAGGCUCUGAACGUUCAUUGGGUAUGAUGACAGCCACUGGCUUGUCAUACAUAUAUAGCCACUAGCAAAUUAAGGUGCAGUCAUUUCUGUAUCCAACUUGUUGAGAGUAUCAUGCAAGAAUGUUGAGUUUUUAAGUGCCUUUUAUAUUUGUAACUUUUUCUAUGGUAAUUUUCUUAUUCUGUUAUGUGAUAUGUGACACCUGAUUAUUGCAUAUGUUGAAUAAACAUUGCAUUAUAGGUGUAAAUC